ACAAUUAUAUAUUGAGUUGUUAAUAUUUUUCAUUGCAAAUUAUUUAAUAUUUUUAUGUUAUUACUUGUAAGAGCACUGAUACUCGCUUUGUGGGAUCGCAGCGCACCCACAAGGGGUACGCAGAUGCCCCACAGACUAUUGCCCCAGUCUGGCUUGCAUUUCUAUCACUGUGGGUCACCUGUGCACCCACAGUAGGUACGCAGCGUACCCAAACACAGGUAAGCAUAUAUACUCUUUUUGGGAAUGCUGCGUCACUAGCUGGUGCAGCUGCAAACCCAAAUUUUUUUCAGUGUAGUUUUGUUUCGAUUUCAGACGACCUUUUUUAAUUCACUUCACUACAACUGCAGUACAAGGGCCUGGGCCCAUAACCUAUUGGUUAUGACAAUGUUUUAUUCCAAAAUUUUACGAAUUUAAUUACAAUCUUUUUCAUUGUCAAUCAUUUUGAAACUGUGUAAAGUUCAAUAAUUUUAAAUAUUUACAAGUUUAAUUGUUUUUUUAAACAACACAAAUAAAUGAUGACGAAAUAUAAUUUCUCAAUUGGCAAAGUGUUUACGAUUCCCUGAAUCGGAAGAGAAAAUGUUUUUCUUGUUGUGACAAUAAUAAAUUGAAUAAAUUAAAAUUAUUAUUAAAAUUUUAUUAUAGUAAGUAAAUUUUAUUUAAUUACCAUAAAUUCCUUUUAUGUUGUGCAAAAUGUCUUUCGUAACAAUCAGCUUUAAAUAAGGGGCCGUCCAUAAAUUACGUAACACGUUUAGGGGGGAGGGGGGGUUCGAGAAAAUGUUAUCAUAUGUUACAUGGGAGGGGGGGGGUCAAUCAUCAUUGUUACGUAAUAUUUAUAAGGAAUUUAAUCUCUUUAUAAUCGAUAAAUUUUUGAAAAGCUGUCCCUUGCCGCCACUUCAAUAUAAGUAAAAAUCGAAUCAUUUCGCGAAUCGAUUCUUGGGAAUCGAUUAUAUCGAUACUAUUUCAGCUGUUUCAAAAUCAUCUGUUCGCAUCUGUCAUGAUUUUGUACUUCUUUAGUUUUGUUAGUGAUUAGUAAUGAAUUAAAAAACUAGUGUCAUAUUUUUUCUUUAAUUACAAAAUGAAACCUGAUAUUGGUAAUAUCUAUCAGCGAUUAUUUGAUGCUUAUAAGAAAUCGCAUUCAACCAAGUCUGCUGGUAAAGCACAGGAAGAAGUCGUUAUUAUUUGGAAAGACCUAAAAGACAAAUAUAAGUUACAAGACGAUUUGGUCAAAAAAGCCGAAGAAUUAAUAUCAGAUUAUUUAAAUUUGUCACAGAAGAACAAAUGUAAUAAUAUCUUAAAGUUUUUUACUACGCAAACAUCUAAAUCUUCAGCGUUAGCAAAUCAAAGUCAACCAAGUUCAUCGGCAUCUAAUGUAGAGUCCCUUACCGUAUCAAGCUUGUCACCAAUUUUAACAGAAUCUUCAGAUCAUUUAAAAUCUAUUUCACGUGAAGACGGUAAAUUAUACGAUGAAGAAAUUAGCGAAGCAUCACACUUGUCGACAAGUAAGAAUAACGAUUUCUUUGUUUAUUGCUUUGGUAUCCAAUUUAAAUUGCCUUGUAAUAUUAUUUUCUUGUAAAGAUUCCUAAAGUUACCAUCGAUGCUCAGCAUCGAAAUAUAUAUUUUUUAUACAAAUCUGAAAAAAUAAACCACUCAAUUUUUCCUAAGAUUUAAGGUUAAAAAAUUCUCUUAAAUAAUUUUUUACUUCCUAAAAAGUAAAAGAAGUGAAAAUAGUUAAAAUUUUAUCAUUAAAAAUAAAAAAAUAGUUAAUAAUUCCAACUUUAGGAACCUUUUUGCA